CCGGCCCGGCCCGGCCGAGCGAUGCUGCUGCUGGCGGCCGCCUUCCUCGUGGCGUUCGUGCUGCUGCUCUACAUGGUGUCGCCGCUCAUCAGCCCCAAGCCCCUCGCCCUGCCCGGGGCGCAUGUGGUGGUUACAGGAGGCUCCAGUGGCAUCGGAAAGUGUAUUGCUAUUGAAUGCUAUAAACAAGGAGCGUUUAUAACCCUGGUGGCACGAAAUGAGGACAAGCUGCUGCAGGCAAAGAAAGAAAUUGAAAAACACUCUAUUAAUGAUAAACAGGUGGUGCUUUGUAUAUCUGUCGACGUCUCUCAAGACUAUAGCCAAGUAGAGAAUGUCAUAAGACAAGCACAGGAGAAACUGGGCCCCGUCGACAUGCUUGUAAACUGUGCAGGAAUGUCCCUUUCAGGAAAAUUUGAAGAUCUUGAAGUUAGUACUUUUGAAAGACUGAUGAGCGUCAAUUACCUGGGCAGCGUGUACCCCAGCCGAGCGGUGAUCACCACCAUGAAGGAGCGCCGGGUGGGCAGGAUCGUCUUUGUGUCCUCCCAGGCGGGCCAGCUGGGAUUAUUUGGGUUCACGGCCUACUCUCCCUCCAAGUUUGCCAUCAGGGGAUUGGCUGAAGCUUUGCAGAUGGAGGUGAAGCCAUAUAACGUCUAUGUCACGGUUGCCUACCCGCCAGACACAGACACCCCUGGGUUUGCAGAAGAAAACAAAACAAAGCCUUUGGAGACUCGUCUGAUUUCAGAGACCACAUCUGUUUGCAAACCAGAGCAAGUGGCCAAACAAAUUGUUAAAGAUGCCAUACAAGGGAAUUUUAACAGUUCCAUUGGCUCGGAUGGAUACAUGCUCUCCUCCCUGACCUGUGGAAUGGCUCCUGUAACUUCUAUCACUGAAGGGCUCCAGCAGGUGGUCACCAUGGGCCUUUUCCGCACUAUCGCUUUGUUUUACCUUGGAAGUUUCGACAGCAUAGUUCGUCGCUGUAUGAUGCAGAGAGCAAAAUCUGAAAUUGCAGACAAAACUGCCUAAUUCUUACCCCUCGGAAAAAGACUGUUUCUAAAUAAUCUGAACAGCUUGCUGCUAAAUGGACCCAGAUUUUGGCCUCCAGACACUUAUAUAUUGCUUUUGAAUAUGUGAGAUUGGACCACUGCUCUUCAGAACCUGGCUGCAAGCAAGGGGAUAGAAAUUCAACUCCAGACAAUAUUAUUAAUACUAUGCAAAUGUGGAAUAGGAGACCCAUUUGAUUCUCUGAGGUGGAGAGGUGAUGACGGUAUGGAGUGUGAGCAGGGUAAAGAACAGGAUUUCGGAGUGAUCAUUGAAAUUUUUCCUAUUUAUUCUCUUUUUCCCCAUAGAGAUCAAGUCCAGAAAUAUACUUUAUGACACAUAAGAAGUCUUAAGGACUUUUUAAACCUUCCAUGAAAGGCAGUUUAUCGGUUUCUAAGGCCUUUUUUUUUUCUUUUUAGCUUGGUGUAUUUUAUUCAAGAUGAGUUUUACACAUUGCCAGUGAGUCUGAAUGCAUAAUAGUGUCCCUGACUCACUCUGCUGCUGGUGGACCCUUGUGGCUUCUCUCUCUCUUUGAUCCCGUAAAACUACAGUGGGGAUGGGAGAGGGCAGUGCAGUGGAAGAGGAGGAGAUAAAUAUUUUCCAGUAGGAAGAAUAAAGAUUUCUUGCCUACUUUAGACUCGAAUGCGUAGGGCACUUUUCGUUUUUCACUCACGGGGAAAGGCAGCCCCCUAAAAUGUUUUCUGAAGAAAAAUAAAAUCCUAGAAGCUUAAAAGUUUACAAUUUCUUCAAUGGCCAUGAUGACCUGAAGUCCUAUUCCAUUAUAGUGUCCUCUCAUUCUUGCCAUCUCUUCCUUUGCAAUUUUGCUUAUACUGCUAUAAUGUUUUUGUAA